AUGCCGAGUCAUCAGCCAUUUUUUCGAGUUCAAGAGGAACUCACGGUAUUCCAAGACCUGCUAAUACGUGGAGAUCGCAUAGUGGUACCACCAGCGUUCACGGGACAUCUCAUACAGCUAGCCCAUGAAUCGCAUCCAGGCAUCGUGCGCACCAAGCAGCGUUUAAGGGAGAAAUACUGGUGGCCACAGAUGGAUAAACAAGUUGAGAAUGCUGUCAAGUCGUUUAAUAUUUGUCAAGACGCCGAUAAAAGUGCGAAGACGGCUGAUACGCCACUGCAACCCAUUCAGUUUCCGAGCAGGUCAUGGGAGAAGGCAGCCGUGGACAUAAUGGGCCCUUUUGAAAAAGCUCCUCCUGACUGCAGGUACGCCAUCGUGAUAGUGGACUAUUUUUCUAAAUGGCCAGAGGCCAAGUUCUGCGCGAAUGUGACAGCAUCAACAAUUUUGGACUUCCUGAGAUCAGUGUGUGCACGAGAAGGCUAUCCGGACAAUUUGGUGUCCGAUCACAGACCUCAGUUUAUUUCACAUCAGUUUGAACUGUUCCUCAGGGACAGAGCUACGUUCUUGGAAGGAAGACCAUUGCGACAAACCGUCACCGAGUACCUGGGACUGUACAGAUGUACCCCGCAUGCAACUACCGGAAGAUCGCCCGCCGAACUACAUGACAGGAAUCCACGGACACGACUGGACGUCAUAUGGAUACCGUCGUUUUUACUUGGGGAUGAUCCUGCUGCAGCAAUGAUCAAUCUACGUGAACGGAUGCGCAAGCAUCAGCAACAGAGCAAGACCUACACGGACCAUAAACGUAGUGCCAAAGCGCCAAAAUAUAAAGUAGGAGAUUACGUUCGGGUACGGAAACCAGGAUUCACUCUAAAAGGAAUGCCGUCGUUCACCAAGCCAUUCAAAAUCAUCCGACAAAAAGGGAGGUACUCGUUCCAACUAGCCGACGGCAACACAUGGAACGCAUCAAAGUUUGCACCAGUGGGUAUUCAAAGAGCAAGCAGCAACCCCACACCUUCCACAGAGUUCUUCAUGCUGGAUUAUCCCACCUACAUUACUAGUGGUAUGAAUGCCUCCGAUGUGCCUGUAUCCCACUCACAACACGAUGCCAAUCAAGAAGCGGCACCACAAGCUUACCCCCCUGCUACUGGCAUCGGGGCGCCAACUGAUGUGCCAGGAGCAGGAUCACGUUUGCCUCCGAACGAAGGUGCAGGACAGCAGAGAGGUCUGCUGCCUCCGAGACAUAGACGUCCUCCCAAGUGA